AUGCCUCCUCUUGACCCCGCGCCUUCUGCUAGCAGAGCGGGUGCAGGUGCAGGUGCAGGAGCUGCUGGUCUGGGUGGUAUGGCCGACAUGCUCCGCAACAUGGGUGGUGGAGGUGGCGGUGCUGGUGCUGGUGCUGGUGGCAUGCCAGACUUGUCCUCCUUCUUGAACAACCCGGCGAUGAUGCAGAUGGCCCAGCAGAUGAUGCAGAACGGUGGUAUGGAAAGACUCAUGCAAAAUCCCGCUGUCGCGAACAUGAUGAACCGUAUGCAAUCUGGCGGAGGCAUGCCAUCCAUGGCAGAACUCAUGAGCGACCCCUCAUUGAGAGAUCUGUAA